GCUGGCGGGGGUGGGUGUUGCUGUCUGCUGCUGUCCGCCCGCCGCGAGAAGAUGGCGACGCUGAAGGCCGUGUGCGUGAUGAAGGGGGACAGCGCCGUGCACGGCAUCAUCCACUUCGAGCAGCAGGGUAAUGGACCAGUAAAGAUUACUGGAAAAAUUAACUGCUUGUCUGAUGGAGAUCAUGGCUUCCAUGUCCAUGAAUUUGGGGACAACACAAAUGGGUGUACCAGUGCAGGUGCUCACUUUAAUCCUGAAGGCAAGCAGCAUGGUGGACCAACUGAUACAGAAAGGCAUGUGGGAGACCUUGGCAAUGUGACUGCUAAAGGAGGAGUGGCAGAAGUCGAAAUGGAAGAUUCAGUCAUUUCUCUUAGUGGACCAUAUAGCAUCGUUGGACGUACCAUGGUGGUCCAUGCAAAAUCUGAUGACCUGGGUAAAGGGGGAGAUAAUGAGAGCAAAUUAACUGGAAAUGCUGGACCUCGUUUAGCUUGUGGUGUAAUUGGAAUAGCAAAGUGCUAAGUAUUGUUCCUGAAGUGCUUAAGAUGACAGUGAGAAAUGGGCUGUAUUUCAUUGCAAAUGCUGUAUCUGGCCUUGUUCAAGAAAGAUUUACAGCUUAAUCUCAUUACUACUUUGCAUUCUGAGUAUCAGUGAAACUGGUGAAGACUGACUUAAUUUUGUACAAUGUAUAUUGCAAUUAAAGUGACCCUGAUGGAAUGUCUUUGUAGUCUUCUGCUAAAGCUUCUGCUUUAAUCAUUAAGUAUAAUCUUCACUAACUGGAACUUUUGUUCUGUGUAAUGGAAGAUGUUUAAUAGUGACCACAAAUGCUGAACACUAAAAUUUAGUAUUGUGUAAUUUGAUCACCCUUAUGAGCUCUAGCAAGACUACUCACCAAAGAGCAGUAAACACUGUAUGCACUGGGGCUUCCUCCUGGCAGAGUUACAGCAUUGUAGGUUUCAACCUCACCUAAUAAAUGUGCUGGGCAAAUACA